AUGUCACCGGCAGGCCCCGGCACUACUGCUCACGAUGAUCCUCGUAUUCCCGUUUUCUAUCUAGCCGGCUAUAUCCUUUUAUCCUAUGUGAUCAGCGCGAUGGGUUGUGCAACGACGGUAGAGCUUCUUCAUCGGAGGACCUCAAGAGCAGGCUUUUACAACUGGUACGUUCUUACUCUCGCCAAAAUUGAUCAUCCCAUAACAUUGUUCAACUCCAGGUACCUCCUCCUCACCUCCUCCGUCACCAUGGGCGGAAUUGGCAUCUGGUGCAUGCACUUCAUCGGAAACCGCGCCGUCGUCCUGGGAGACGGAAGCCCCGAGAUCCAAAUCCUAUACAAUGUCGCCUUCACCGGCACCUCAUUCGUGCUCCCCGUGGUCGUGCUACUUAUUGCCUUCUAUGCAAUCGGCGGCGAGGAAAAAGCGGGUUACAUUCGUAUCCUGGCAGGCGGUUUACUCACGGGGAGUUCGGUCUGCGGUAUGCACUACGUGGGCCAGCUCGGCAUCGCCAACUACAAGUGUUCCUACCGCGUUGCUAAUGUAGUCGGCUCGGCGAUUAUUGCUAUCUUCUCCAGCACCACUGCCCUCGGCAUCUUCUUUCGGUGGAGGGCUUCGUGGACGGAUAGCUGGUGGAGACGCGGGAUAUGUGCUUUUCUGCUGGCUGGCGCGGUGUCGGGUAUGCAUUGGACUGCGGCUGCGGGGACGUCUUAUCGUGAGCGCGAUGAAUCGCUUAAGCAUGGGACGCAGUUGUCGAGGGGCCAGGUUGUUAUCAUCUGUUCCGUCUUGGCUUGUGUCUCCUGUGUGAUAUUAUCUGCAUGCGCUAUCGUUGCCGGUGGCAAUCGAAGAAGAUCGACUAAUCGUGCACAUCAGCUUGUGCUCGCAUGUGCUUAUUUCGACCCUGCCGGUCGAGUCAUGGUGACGCCGCAGGCACUUCUCCCAAGUCGAAAGAUCGUGGACCAUUACAUUGGCCGAACCUUCAAGGACGACGACCUGACCCGCACGCACCCAACCUUCCUCUGGGCCUUCCGAGCAAGUCGCAACUGGACAACAAUCAAAGAGCUGGUCCCAUUGAUGCAAACCCGCCUUGAAUCCGAGGGAAGGGCUAUCCAGAAACAUGUACUCUCGCGAGGGGUGGUGUUGGACAAGGAAACCGAAUUGCAGACGGAUUUUGACACUCUUUUCAAGCAACUAUUCUGCGUCACAGCACAGGACCUUUCGACUGAACUUCGCGUUCCCCUGCAGGAUCUGGGGAUGCUGUACGACGACGUUCUGACCACCGCCAUCCCCGUCUCGCGUAUCUCUCGGGCAAUGGGCCGUUCUUCGCUACGCACCGGAAAAGGCCAGUUGAUGUUUAGUGUUCGUCAAUUGCAGAAAUAUGAUGCAACACGCCUGGCGUCACUGGGUUUUCGAUUCGCUACUAUCGAGCAUGUUACUUCGAUGCUCUCGCGCCGUAUUCAUGUCCCAGAAUCGAGUCUUCUUCAUAACCUGCGCGAUAUGCGAGACUAUGCGUCGUCGAAGCGUGGAUUCGGCGAGGGCGUGCAUCUCACCUCAUUUAUCAUGCGCCCGACUAUACACGAUCAUUUUGAGGUUCUCACUGCCAAGGGCACGGGCAAUCCUCUGCCGUCUGCAACUCUGCCUAUGAAGCAGCUGCAAGUGCAGCAUUUGGAACUCCUCUCGCACAUGGAAGGAUGGUCCAUGAGCCACUGUCUCAAAUACCUAGAGUCCGAAAACUUGGAUCUCUCCAUGGCCAGCUUCCGUGAUCACCUAGUCGGCGCAAUCACCUCGCUAUCGAAGUGUCUACCAGAGGACAUAGCCUCUGCCGCGCGGCUCUCAUCUCGACCUCUCACCGCACCCUGCAAUACGCUUACACUCCCAGCCGAAGACCGAAUCCAACAUCGAUGUACCCUCCUCGCCUUCUGCGUCGUCGGAUCUCUCAAUACCCAAAUUUCCAACCCGGACUUCACAUUCACUCCACUGCGCCUCUUCAGAGUCCAGCAACAAGCCAACGAUGACGCUACAGACCGUGACGCUUUCAUCCGCGAGCUAGGCCAAGAACUCUUCUUCACAGACAUCCGUUCCGCCUCCUCAGCCACCGAGUCCGACGUCGUUCCGCCCUCCACCCGCUCAGGAAUUCACCGUUUUUGGCCAUCGCGCAGUAAAAAGACAGUCUCCAUGUCUGCAACCCCUUCCUCGCAGGUGUCCCUUGUUGAACCUAUGACAUCGCCUCUGCGCGAUAUCACAGUUCAGAAAGAAGUUCGUGUGGAUGUCACACAGCUCCAUGAACCUCCCACCCCAACUUCUAUUGGUACCCAUGAUUCUCGCACUAUCAUUGCUGCUGCUGCGUCACCUUCUUCCUAUGUGGAUGAGUUGUAUGGGCUUUGUUAUGCACGGGGAAUUCGGCUGCAACCGGAUUCGACAUUUCAGCGACAGGUCUCGCUGAAGUUGGGCGUAUGA